AUGAUCGCUUUAAUAAAUGAAGAUCAGUCAAAAUUUGUCGAUGUUGAUAACAAUCGUUUUCCGAUGGCUUUAACAAUAUCUUCGGAAAAAGAUUCACUAGAUAAUAAUGUGUUAACAUCUAUGUACUUUGGCGAACCAUUUUUAUCCAUUUCACCAUCUAACUAUUCAACAACGUUACAAUUGACACACAAUUACAAAAACAGUUCACAAUUAACAGCGAGAGGUAUUGUACAACUAACGAGCUUUUGCAACAGCAUUCGGGAAUUAUCUCUACCUUAUUCGAUGCUUAGUGAGCAACUCGUAAAAGUACUCUGUGAUACCGAGUCAAUUCGCUUGGAAACUCUCCGAGUAGAGGCACAUCCGGACAUAAAGCCCGCCUCAAAAGUUAGUCAUGAGGCGUGGACCAGCUUCACUAAUCAUUUUCCAAAUAUCAAUUUCGUUUUACUGACAUUCUUGACAGAAGCAAAGGACUACAAUGAGUUGUUAGUGCCGUAUGUGCCACUCACGCAUCUCUAUUUUGGAGAUGGAGUGCCGUCAUCUGUCGUGGAAGGGAUUGGCGAGCGAUGUCCUCAUCUUGAAGAGCUAGUGAUUGGUGCCUACGGUCCAAACCCGAUUGAUGAAACUCUUAUAUCUGCAGCAAGAGGCUGUCUACGACUUAGUGCCGUCGGACUCGGAGACUGCGAGCUCACUUGUUCCAGAUUUAUUGAAUUUGUUGGUCUCUGCUGUGAAAGAUUAAAAAUUUUGUAUGUUUCGGAUACAUCUUUGAUUGAAAACUCAGAAUAUAGUAUAACAGAAGUUGCUGAAAAAGUAUCAUCCCUUUUAGGAAAAUCUUGGAAACCUAAUUAUGUUCCAUAUUGCUCCAAAGGACAUGGAGAUGAGCGUUAAAUGAGAUAAUAGUAAUGGCAUAGCUAUUGUAGUAUAAUUAAGAGAAAUA